AUGCUACCAAACUCCACCAUCCUCACCACGCAUCCAACCUCAACACCACGAACCCACCUCAUCUAUUAUCUCUUCAUAUACCUCCUACUGUUCGCCCCUCCCAACACCGCACUAGCCCAAGUCGCGCCCUUCCCCUUCCCCGUGCUCCCCCAAGAAUUCGCCUCCAAAACCGCCUGCCGCGAAGUCUACGACCAAUGCAUGCAAGCAUUCCGCGACUGCCUCGCCGCCGUCGCCGGCAACGAGCCGGGCCGCCUCGGGUGUGAGGCAUACAGGAACGACGUGUGCGAGGAGCACAUCAGGGUCGGGUGUGACCAGCUGCCGAACGGCGGGGGGAGCAUCGGGGAGGUGCCGUCGUUGACGACCCUUUUGACGGUAGUGCCGAUAGGCGGGACGACGGAGGCGGCGGCGGCGACGACGACGACGACGACGGCAACUAGGGUGAAGUCGAAGACGUCGGCUCCCGUGCCGGUGCCAACGGAUGUGCCUACGCCUACGCCGGACCCUCCAGACCCUACCACGACUCGAGCAGGAACCGCCAAGGUCAACAAUAACGCUAACAUCCACGGCUACACAAUCAACAUCGGGGAUGUCGGGACCGGGCUCGCAAACAGUUAUAGUGAUUACGACCGUGGUGGCUGCGAUCACGAGCCCGGCUACAAGCACAACAGUGACGAGGGGGUUGUCGUUUAA